AUAUUGAUCAAAACAUUUAUAUUUUCAGUUAGCAGGUAGUAACAAAUAUUGAUAUAAAAAUGGCGGCAUGGCAAAUACCAGCAUAUGAUGCUAACAAUAUUGAAGUUACUGAAGAUCCCUUUGAUGAAUUUCAAGAGUGUACUUUUCCUCCAUUAAGAUAUUUACCACUCUUUUAUGAAAGAAAAUCACCAGACAAUGAACCAUCAACUCCUCGCAGAGAAAGUACUAAAGAGAGAGAUCGCUUGUAUAAAGAACUUGUAGGGCAUGAACCAUAUAUAUCACACCACAAAGAAGACAGUGCAACAAAAGAUUUUCGUGUUAAACUUGAUGUAAGACAUUAUAAACCUGAGGAAGUGACAGUCAAAGUUGAAGGUCAUACUAUUGAGAUCAAAGGAAAACAUCAAAGUGAAAAAGAAUAUGGUUUUGAUUCUUGUGAAUUUUAUCGUAAGUAUCCAAUACCAAGUAGCAUUAAUCCUCAUUCCUUAGUUUCUAAAAUUACUCAAGAUGGCAUGCUUUACAUUCAAGUUCUUAAGGAUAUCGAUCCAAAGCAAGUCUUAGAACAAAAUGAAACUUGUAAAAAAAGUUUCAAAUAUUCUUUGGAUGUUGAUGGAUACAAACCUGAUGAGAUUAAAAUUAGAAUUGAUGGACAAAAUUUGUUUAUACAUGGUGAAUCAAAAGCAGAAGGUACUAAUGAGCAUGGUAUCCACACACACCAGAAACAGUUUACUAGACAAAUAUCUUUACCUGUUGGACUUGAUCCAUCACAACUGAGUUCUCGUUAUACAAACGAUUUUAAAUUAACUAUUGAAGCUCCUCUGUUAGGAAAAUAAAAAAUUCAACGCUCUUAUAUUAUUAAGAAAAAAAGAUAUAAAUUUUUUAUAAAUAAAUUUAUAAUUUUUUUAAUUUGUAAAUCUUAACAAUCUUUGCUUUUUUAAUUAAUUUUUUGGAUUGAGGAAUUUUUUUUUCGUAUUAAAUUUUGUAAUAAACGCUUUUUGUAUAAUCAAAUUUUUUUCUUUUUAGUUAAUCUAUCCCCCAACUUUUUUGGCAAAUAAAUGUAUCAAAUUAAUCUUUUUUUAGACAUUUAAAAUUAGUAAACAAGUAGGUUAUGCAAAUGAUUAUGUUCUUGUUAUAGUAAUUUUUCGCAGUAAAUUUUGAAAAAAAAAAAAGUAUGCAUUACGUCAAAAUGUGCUGUUCUAUUUAUUUAUUUUGUUAUGUUUUGUUAUGUUGUUUUAAUUAUUUAUUUUGUUGAAUUUAUUCAAUUGGUUGCAGUAAUUUACAGUAAAUUUUGAACAAAAAUAUCAAGGUAUGCAUGACGUCAAA